CUGGCGCUGCCGCAGGAAAUCACUUAAGAGAGGACGCUCUGCAGUCGUACUCCUCUAUCCUUCUUCCGAACACUAUAAUGCUCGCAAAGCUCUCAUACUUGUCGCCUCUGUUGUCUCUCGUGCUAUUCCAUAGGCUCGUGUUGAGUUGCACACUAUGUGAUACCAGAGCUCUCACCCUAAGUCAGAAUUUCACAGUUCUCUUGACCGGAACUGAAUACACUGGCACGGGUCCCUUCGAAUCGGCAAUGGCGCUCGACACUGAUGACUGUGAUUUUAAUAACGAGUACUUUACCAUCGUGGAAAUGACUCUGAAAAAUCCUACGGUGCUCGGGCAGGCUCUAAUGUGGACCAUUCGGUCCUACAACCAAACUUGUUCAAUGUACCCACGUCAUUCUCAUACUUUGGCGGCUAUGAUGGAGGAGGAGAAUUAUGUCGGGUUACUGUCACUUUAUACUAGAUUCAUUUGCUAA